AUGGCGCUGAUCCCUCCUCACCCAUGGGUUCAUGCAGUCGUGGCCAUCAUUGGCACCCUCGUGUGCCUCUACUCUUUCCUAGGCAGGCUUUGGAAGGGCACAUUUCUUACCUCGGAGGUGAUGGCUGCGACAGCGGUUGGAGUCAUCAUCGGUCCUGCCGCUGCCAGGAUCAUAGAUCCUCAAACGCAGCUUUCCAGACAUACAUUGUAUGGGAUCGUUGAGGCGUUCUCAGCCUCCGUUCUGGCUGUCCAGUCAGUCUCCAUCGCCCUCUCUCUGCCCCAGUGUUACUACGAGCGCAACUGGCGCUCAGUGCUCAUCUUAGUGGGGCCCCUCAUGCUAGUUACCUGGGCCAUCUCAUUUGGAUUGGCCGUGGCGCUGUUUGUGGGGCGAUUAGGUGUCCUGAAUUGUCUACUCAUUGGGGCCACUUUGACGCCGACUGAUCCAAUCCUGGCCAGCACGAUCGUGGAGGGCCGAUCCGCUGAGACAUACAUCCCAGAGGAGCUGCGCAACAUUCUGCAGGCGGAGAGCGCGCUCAACGAUGGGGCCGCAUAUCCACAUGUUGCCCUCGCCGUGCUUCUUCUCGAUCCUGACUUUUCAAAGGGGGAGGCGAUCGCACGCUGGUUCUACAAGGGGUGGGCUUAUGACAUGUUUCUGGGCAUCGCCAUGGGCGCUGCGUACGGCUUCUGCUGCCGCCUGCUCAACAUCCUCGGCCGCCGCUACAAGCUGGUCGAGCGGCAAUCGUUCCUGGCGCACGUGUUCGGUAUGGCCCUCGGGGUCGUGGGGACAGUCACGCUGGUCGGCUCGGAAGGCGUCCUAGCCAGCACCGUCGCGGGUAUCGCCUUCACCGCGCGUGAACCCGCCGAAGAAGCGGAAAAGUACGAGGCGCGCGCCGGCAUCGAAGCAAUCAUCGUGAUGACGUAUUUUGUCUUCUUCGGCGCGAUCCUGCCCUAUAAGCGAUGGGACGAGAUCGGCGUGUGGCGGCUAUCGCUCUUUAGCCUGGCGGUAAUCUUCCUACGGCGGAUGCCCGCAGUGAUUCUGCUGAGCCCCUGGAUUCCGGCGCUGGACCCCCACGAGGACUUCAGGGUGACGCUCACCAACGUCAGCGGGUGA